GGCUGUGGGAGGGAUGGGUGCAUCGGCAGCGACAGUGGCCGGGAUCGUGCCCCAGAAUUCCCCAAAGAGAAACACAAUAAAUGGACGUCAUGGUCCUCCUUGCAAGAUGUCUACCUCACCAACAGCUGGGGGGGUACAGCAGCAUCAUGGGAGCAUCUCAGUUGGAUUACCAUCUACUCACUAUUAGUACACACAUGAUGUCGGCGUUACUCACUUCCAUGGUCACACAGAGUGGGAGAUCAUGUCGCAGUCCAGAUGCCUAUAUGUGUGUGUGUGUGUGUGUGUGUGUGUUUCAGAACCGACGCAUUGGUUCUGUCUGUCUGGUCAUCCCCGCCCCACCUCAAUGUAGUGUGACGCUGUAGCGCCAAUAACAACAAACUUUAGCAUAGCUAGCAAAGCAGCUCACUUGGGACUAUGCGCGCCCUGUCAGCGUGUUUACUGUAGCCGUGUUUGUUUACGUUAUCCUAACUGGCUAGCAAGCUAACCGGCUAGCCGCCGCUUGACAUCCACGCCAGACAGCAUGACAAAGCAAUCGGCUAACAACGCCGUCGUAAACACAAACCUCAAACACAACAUCUUCAUCAAACUCCUCCGUCAUUGCGCUCCUCCAUCUGCGCGAAGCUCGCGGUGCAUUCUGAGCGCCGGCGGCGACAGGAAUCUGGGCAGAGAGAAGCGUAGAAGUUGGUAGUUUAGCCGGUUUCGUUAAAAACUUUAAAAAAAAACUACAACUCCCAUGAGGCCUUUGUGUGUUUCUUUCGUGAGACCCGACGCUUGUAGUCACAGCGCCCCCUGUGGCCACUGGAAACCGUUAGAGGAGGCAGGCGAGGAAAUGAACUGUACAGUGACAAUAUCCAGCCGGAAGAUGAAGACAAUUUCUUCAAAAUAAAACAACAAACGCGGUGUAAUAACCGUAAAAUAUAAUUCGAAUAUACAUUUAAUCCCAGUUGUAAUGUAUACAUUCUAAAUUCUGUUGAAGCUGUCGCUACAAAUUCGUCACUUAGAGAGUAAAUUUUUUUUGUUGUUACGACGACAGGAAGUUGCCCCGGUGUUGUCAUUUCCCACUUGACACCAACGACGAAGUUGCCGAAGCCGAAAAACGUUGGAAAAAUGGGAAAAGCAGCAAAGAUAACGUCUCUAACGGUGGAUGUGCGAGCGACAUAGGGGACAUCAGCGACGGAGCGGAGUGUUUGCUCCCCCUAAAGCGGAUUUCCAAGUGACAAUGUUGCCGAGGGAGCAAAGAACGAAGACCUUCUGGCUCUUCCAUUGAAAGUACUUUUGCGUUACUCAUGGAGGAAGGAGCAAGUCUGGAGUCAUGAGCACCACAGGUGUGAAGAAGCCUCCAUUAGCGCCCAAGCCUAAACUUCCCUCUGUCGCCAAGCCCUCCCCCCCGCCCAUCGCCCCCAAACCGGGUGUGCUCACCCAGCCCGCCGUCGUCUCCCAGCCGUCCCCUGCCACCCUCAAGAGGACCAAGCCGGCUGUUGCCCCCAAGCCCUACAUCCCCAAACCCGCCCCCACAGCUUUGCCCCCGCCGCCACCCCAACCCGGCGGCCACCUUAUCUUAUCUCAGGACCAGGAGGCGGCGCUAGAGGAUGGCCUCUCGCUUCUCAAUGCCAAAAAUGGGAUUCUAUCCGAGGCUGUCGAGCGGGAAUCGGACUACAUCAUUCCCACCUGCUCUUGCGCGGAGCGGGACUGCUCCCAGUGCCGGCAACUGGAAAACGGCGUGCACAAAACAUACGAACCAAAGAACGGGAUUCACGAAGAGGAGUGCGUGUGCCCCCAGAGGAGCGAGGGGGUCAACAAAAUUCCCCGGGACAAGCCUCAGAGACAGAGGCACUUGGACCGGCUGGUCAAAGAGCCACGUGAGGACAAGGACGGCGCUGAUCCAGGGUCAGCAGAUGUCAUCUGUGAUGUUGCAGGCAGCAUCAUCAUCUCCACUCCUGCGGCGGAGCACCCCCAGGAAGAAAGCAUCACCUGUGCACACCCUGAUUUGACCGUCCCCGCCCCCCCAAGUAAGCCUCUUCCCGUCCCCCAACCUCGGCGGUUUAAGAAGCCCACCCUAGUGAGGCAGGACGGUGUGGAGGGAGGAGUCCAGGACCAGGUGGAGAAUCCCAAGGAGCUGAAACAGGACUCCAGUGGUUCUCCUUCCCAGGAAGUCUUAAGCCCCGGUGAGGCUGGGCCGAGCGCACCUGUCCCCCCUCCCCGACAGAACUCCCUGUCACCUCGCCUCCACAGAAUGCUCCACUUGUCCAUGACACUGAACAAAAACACCUCUCACUCCCUCAGUCUGCUCUCCCAGCCGGAGCUGCUGAGCGGCCUUGACGGUGCGGGGCAACGCGAGGCGGACUGCGAGGAGGAGGACGGCGGCUACGGCGACUUUAAGCGCUACCCCGUCACUCACAGCCUCCCCAAGCAGAUCAAGCUGGGUUGUCCCCCUCCCCCGCUUCACGCCAGGAAGGCCCUCUCCGCUGACGACCCGCAGUCGGUGAGGCCGCCGCCCCGAAAACCUCAGAGACACAGCCUGCCCGCCCCACCGCCUCCCUCCGUCUGCCCCCCAGCCCCUCCUCACGGCCCCAUGAGAGAACUACCCGCCCCUCCCCAGGAGAAGACGCCGUGGCGUUUCACUCGACCGUGCGUCACCUUCUUCAGCCGCCAGGUGCCCAGCAGGAGCAGUGUGCCUCCCAAGAGCCGAGCCCCCCCGGCGCUCGGGGGCAAACAGCGGGCGCAGUCCUUCUCUGCCGCCGACCUGGCGACCCCCGCAGGCCUUGACCCCCAGAAGAGGAGCCUCUCCUUCCGGAAGCUGCUGGAACUUCGCGUGUCCGUGAAGAUGCUUCCGAAGCUGCUGGCCAAGGGAGGACACUCCCUGGACUGUACCAACGUGGACUCCAAGCGGGGCGGCCGCAAAGGCCCGGAGCGACCUAGCAGCUGCAUUGGGGAGGUGGACCUCAGCGGGGACUGCGAUGACGUGGAAUACGAGAACGUUCCGCUCUACGAGGAGAUCCCGGAGUACAUGAACCUGCCCUUUCACAGCGGCAGGCCGGGCUGGUCACAUGACCCCGACGGCGCCGACUCGGACAUCUACGAGGCGCAGGACCCUUACCAGAGGUUCCAGGAGGACGGCAGUGAUUGGCCGAGGAGGGACGUCCACUCUGAGGAGGAGGACCCCCACAGUUCGGAUGAGGAGGACAACAGCUCCACCUCCAGCAAGGAGCACGUGGAGGAGGCCGACAGACAGCUGGAGGACGAGACCAAGAGGAGGAAGGUGGUGCACAUCGCCCAGGAGAUCAUGAGCUCGGAGAAAGUGUUUGUGGACGUCCUCAAGCUUCUGCACAUAGACUUUCGGGAUGCGGUCGCCAAGGCGACGCGGCAGAACGGGAAGCCGGUGGUGGACGAGCGGGUCCUCAGCCAGAUCCUGUACUACCUGCCUCAGCUCUACCAGCUCAACAAGGACCUGCUGAGGGAGCUGGAGGAGAGGGUGGCGCACUGGAGCCAGCACCAGCGCCUGUCAGACAUCUUCGUCCAGAAGGGCCCGUACCUGAAGAUGUACUCCACCUACAUCCGCCAGUUUGACAACAACGUGGCACUUUUGGACGAGCAGUGCAGGAAAAACCCCCCCUUUGCCGCCGUCGUCAAGGACUUUGAGAUAAGUCCUCGCUGUGCCAGUCUGGCUCUGAAACACUACCUGCUGAAGCCGGUCCAGAGGAUCCCUCAGUACCAGCUGCUGCUCACAGACUACCUAAAGAAUCUGCCGCAGGACUCCGAGGACUACAAGGACACACAAGCGGCCCUCGGCAUCGUGAAGGAAGUUGCCAACCACGCCAACGACAUCAUGAAACAAGGGGACAACUUCCAGAAACUGAUGCAGAUUCAGUACAGCCUGAACGGCCACCACGAGAUAGUCCAGCCGGGCAGGGUGUUCCUGAAGGAGGGCACGCUCAUGAAGCUGUCACGGAAGGUCAUGCAGCCCCGGGUGUUCUUCCUGUUCAACGACGCCCUCAUGUACACCACGCCGGUCCAGUCUGCCCAGUACAAACUCAACUGCGUGCUCUCCUUGGCCGGGAUGAAGGUGAGCAAGCCCAGCCAGGAGGCGUACCAGAACGAGCUGAACAUCGAGAGCGUGGAGCGCUCCUUCAUCCUCUCGGCCAGCUCGGCGACAGAGAGAGACGAGUGGCUGGAGGCCAUCGCCAGAGCCAUCGACGACCACACCAAGAAGAAAAUAACCUUCAUAUCCAGCCGCAGCCAGGAGGAGGCCGACGGCGUCCUUGACAGCGGCGCUCCUCUGGGUUCCAAGGCUCCCAUCUGGAUCCCGGACCUCAGGGCCACCAUGUGCAUGAUCUGCACCUGCGAGUUCACCCUCACCUGGAGGCGCCAUCACUGUCGGGCCUGCGGCAAGGUGGUGUGUCAGGCCUGCUCGGCCAACAAGUACUACCUGGAGUACCUGAAGAACCAGCCGGCGCGGGUGUGCGACCACUGCUUUGCCAAACUGCAGGAGAACAGUGACCGCCGCGCCUCGUCGUCGGUGUCGCCCAUCAAAUCCGGAGCCUUCUCCUUCACCAGAAAACAGAAGAAGAUCCCGGCAGCGCUAAAAGAGGUGUCGGCCAACACGGAAAACUCGUCUAUGAGCGGCUACCUGAACAGGUCAAAGGGCAACAAGAAGCAGUGGAAGCGUCUGUGGUUCGUCAUCAAGAAUAAAGUGUUGUACACCUACGCCGCCAGCGAGGACGUGGCGGCGCUAGAGAGUCAGCCCUUGCUGGGCUUCUUCCUCCGGGAGGAGAAGAACGGGCCGGCCCAGAAGAUGCAGUUCAAGCUCUACCAUAAAAACACGCUUUUUUACAUCUUUAAAGCUGACGACAUCCCCACCGCCCAGAGAUGGAUCGAAGCAUUUCAGGAGGCCAUGAUCCUUGAACAGUAACCACCUGCAUGAGGCCUAGGGGUCAAGGGUCGCCAGGUCACCAGGUCAGGAAGGACUAAAACGAGAUGGGACACCAGACGCCUUUUGAAAAGAGUUAUUCCCAAACGUGUAUAUCUUCGCCUUCCAAAGCUCAGCGACGCCAGGCGAGGUCGGUGCAGGUCGCGGUUGUGGAAGUGAGAGCGAACGCCCGCCGGGGCCGUUUCGGUGAAGUGCAGGAAGUCCGACACCCCGGGAGGGGACAACAUUGAAGCAAAUUGAAGUAUUCCUUAUUUCUCCCUUUGAAUGAAUUCCAAGCAGCAUUUUACUGUGAAAAUCAGGCUUGGACAAAGAAACAGGAAGUUUGUUUUCUGCCCUCAGCUUGAUGUGCUCCAAAGCAAAGAUUUUUUUUACAAGAUAUCAAGUUACUGACGUACAUUUUGGGUCUUAGAGCAUCCUGGAGGAAACUGGAAGGAAACAUUUUGAUCUAUUUUUCAUACGCGUCAGAAUGUCAAGCCACAUCAGAAGUGGCGUGUAGGUAUUUUUGUGUAUAUGACAGAGCGACAUUGACCUUUUUCUAUGAUAUUUAUAAUGUAUGAAGAGGCAGUACAAGCUGUCACGUCUUGGUAGUCAGGGUUUGUUUGACUUUCAAUCACACCUUUUUGUGUUUUGUUUUUUUUAAUGUGGAAAAGAAACUUGUUUUUUUUUUUGGUUGCACUACUCAUGGAUGUAUUUUGUCCCCAACUCCAAAGAAAUGAUACCUGUUUUUUUUGUAUGUUAUUGUGCCUUUUUUGCUCGUGAAGCCAACAAUCAUAUCGUAACAUGAAUUCUGCAGGUUGUUUGACAUUCAUCACACUGUCUCAAAAUCUGCACCAGCUUGCUGGGAAGUAUGUGUUUACACAUGAUUGUACAUUAGCAGUGACUAUUUUAUAAUAUCAACAGCGUGGAGGUAGAGUCUCCCACAAACGUUUAUUCUUAACUGUCAGGCAACAGUUUUUAA